ACCCGGCAAAAGAAAAAAAAAGUUACACGCCGCGUCACAGAGGGGUCCGAAAAGCAAGCCGACACGAUGGUAGAAGAUGAUACAGCAGGCAGCGGGGACAAAUCGCAGGAGGAGAUGGACUUGAAGGUACCCGCAUGUGAAGACAGCGUACGACUGGAAGACGGAGACGCGGUUAUGGACCCCUCGAAGGGAACUGCGGAGCCCAGGAAGUGGAAGUGGGCUGUGAUAUUUUUGUGUUUUUAUGGGUUCAUGGGGUCGGUGAGACCGGGAGAGCCCUUCAUUACGCCGUAUCUGCUCAGCCCUGAGAAGAACUUCACCAGGGAACAGGUGACCAAUGAGAUCACUCCUGUGCUGACGUACUCCUACAUGGUGGUGCUGGUGCCGGCCUUCCUGCUGACCGACCUCCUGCGCUACAAGCCGGUCCUGGUCAUCCAGGGCGUCAGCCAGGUGGUCAUCUGGAUCAUCCUGCUCCUGGGCAGUAGCCUCAUCCAGAUGCAGUUCAUGGAGUUCUUCUACGGCAUCACCAUGGCGUGCCGCGUGGCCUACUCCUCCUACAUCUUCUCCCUGGUCAGCCCUUCCCUCUAUCAGCGUGUGGCCGGGUACUCGCGCUCCUCUGUGCUCCUCGGGGUGUUCACCAGCUCAGUCCUGGGACAGGUCUGCCUCUCUUUCGGCAACAUCAGCUUCUACACCCUCAACGCCAUAUCUUUGGGCUUCGUCAGCUUCGGCCUGCUGCUCUCGCUGUGUCUCCCGUGGCCUAAACGCUCCCUGUUUUUCAACCGGAAUCAGGAGCAAAAGAAGCUGGCGGCGGCCAACAAAUCUGAACUGGACAAAAUGAACGCCAAAGAGAGCGGCGCGUCUUCCCCGGCUGCUCGCCCGUGCUCGUCGUCACGUUGGCGGGACUCCGUGUUGGUGCAGAUGCUGGCGGAGCUGAGGAAUGUGGUGAAGAUGCCCAACCUGAGGCUGUGGUCUCUGUGGUGGAUAUUCAACUCCACAGGCUACUACCUGGUGCUGUUCUACGUUCACAUCCUGUGGAACAAGGUCUACUCGACAAACGAGACCAAGCACAUUUACAACGGGGCCGUGGAGGCAGCGUCUACCCUGCUGAGUGCCAUAACUUCCUUCGCCGCGGGCUACGUGAAGAUUCGCUGGAACAUCUGGUCUGAGCUCGCCAUCGGCACCAUCACGGCGGUGCAGGCCGCCCUGCUGCUCCUCAUGGGCACCACGGACAAUAUCUGGGUCUGCUACAUGGCCUACGUCCUCUUCAGAGGCUUCUACCAGUUCCUGGUGCCCAUCGCCACUUUCCAGAUUGCCUCGUCUCUCACAAAGGAGCUCUGCGCCCUCGUGUUUGGCAUCAACACUUUCCUGGGAACCAUCCUGAAGAGCGUCAUCAACCUGAUAUUUUCUGACAAGAGAGGCCUCGGGCUGGACGUGCAAGCUCAGUUCAUGGUGUACUUUGUCUACUUCACCAUCCUCACCACCGUCUACUUCGUCUGCGCCGCUGUGGUCAUCGUCCGUCACUUCAGGAACCAGCCUAGAGAAGGGGGCGGGGCCAACGGACAGGUCCCAACCGACACGCCCACCGAGCUGCGUCCUGUGGCUACAAAUUCAGAGGCGGAGUGUCUGUCCAACGGCUCAAGUGCCAAAGUGUAACAACAACAACAAGAUGGGAGUUUUCUCAUCGUCACUCCCAGAGAUCUUCAGACUGAAUUAUUUGAACUGUGUGAUGAGAAAGACGGAGAGAGUUGUCCUCGAUCUUUCAAGUGCCUCUUCUGCUACCUAAAGCUGCUGCACUACAGUCAGACAAGCUGCAGGCGUCUUGUGUCUGACAUUCUGGGAGAGUUUGUCUAUCAGAAUUGAUUUGCUGCAAAAAUUCUCCUUUUAUACUUAAUAUAAAAACAAGAAAACUGCUUUUAUAUCACCUUAAACAAGUGAGGGAGGGAGGGAGAGAGAGAGAGAGAGCGCUUCUGUAAGGUCAGAACUGAGUUCUUCUUUUUUACAAACACGGGGAGUUUGCAGCUGUAUGUACUGAGCUGUUUCAUGGCUACUCUUAAGGUUUAUGCGUACCUCAUGAUCACUCAUUAUUAUUAUUAUUACCAGUCUGCAUAUUCAGCCUGACACUCCUGUUGUACCUGAUGUUACAGCUCCAUGAUUCUAUAUUAAGUGCCAUUUAAAGGGAGAGGUGGACCACGUCUUGUUUAAUUGUGUCUUUAGGUUUAGUUUUCCCAGCACUGAUAAUCAGACAUGACAGGUACUUUUUGUGUUGGGAUUAUUUAAAACCUGUUAACUGCAGAUUGAAUGCAGUGUGAUUUCAUUUUGUCAGUGAUUAUACGUCGCUGUAACGCUGCUCUUUGUAAUUUAAAAGCAGCAGCUUCAAUAUGUUUGAUAUUCUUAUUUGAUGCUGAAUGUGUAGAGAUGUAUGUUUGUAACAAAUAUACACUUAAAUUGAGCAUUCUUUUAAAUCCACAUCACUUAUUUAAGUAGUUACAAGUGUGUGAAGUUUCUUUCCAGUGUUAGAUUUUUACAGCCUAGGAGCAAAAACAGACGAGCCUAGCUGCUAAUCAAUCUGAUGUCCCUGACUUUGAAGAAAAGUCGUCAAUCCAGCACAUAGAAGGGCUCGGACUCAAAGAGUGGAAGUACUUGCUUCAUUUCAAAACUGCAGGAAACAUUUUGUCUUGGUGAAAAUAGGAACACAGUGUUACUCGAUGCAACAACAGUGCACACGGAGGAUCUUUCUUACAGUAGAGUCUUGACUUGGAUUGUUCUUACAUCGAGAAUGUAAACAUUUUUUUUUUUUUUUUAAACUUUGAUUGAAAUAUUUACUGACAAAUGAAAAAUGUGAACCUGUCUGUAUGCUGUACAAAGACAACACACUGACUUUAAUCAGAUGUUUAUUUUUUAUUCCAAAAUAAAUUACAUUUGAUGACUU